AUGGCCGAGGUAGCAGUCUCAACAGUUGUAACAAAACUAACCGAACUGUUACUCGAACAAGCAACUUCAUCACUUUCAACACUCACCACAGCAAGACACCAAGUCGAGAAGCUCAAAAACGAGUUAUCAUGGAUGCAAUGUUUCCUUAAAGACGCCGACGCUAAACAACAAUCCAACGAACGUGUUCGCAUCUGGGUUUCCGAAAUCCGGAACGUUGCUUUUGAAGCCGAAGAAAUCGUCGAAACCCACGUCUACAACUCCACAAUCCAAACCAAUUUCCACAACAAAAUCUUCACGCCUUUUCAUCUCUACAAACUCGGCACAAGAAUCGAUAGAAUCCUUCGCAAAAUCAAAGAUAUUUCAGAUAGACGUGAUACUUACGGUGUAGUUAUCAAAAGCCUUAACCCUAACCCUAACAGCAACGACGGUGACGGUGAUAGCGAGAGAUUGAGGCAUUGGAGACAACCGUCGCCUUAUUCGGAAGAAGAGUAUGUUGUUGAGGUAAAAGAGGAUUUUGAUUCGAUUCUUACACAGUUGAUUACAUUGGAAGCAACUCGACAUGUUGUUUCUAUUGUUGGUAUGGGUGGUUUGGGGAAGACUACAUUGGCUAAAAAACUGUAUAAUGAUAGUAGAAUAGCGAAUCAUUUUGAAUGUAAAGCUUGGGUUUAUGUUUCUGAAGAGUAUAGGGAUAAGAGGAAGGAUGUUUUGCAAAGGAUUCUUAGAGGUGUUGUUGAUCCUCUGGCGGGAGAUGAUGAGAUUGAGAAGUUACCUGAACAAGAGUUGGUGAAUAAGCUUCAUAAUGUGUUGGCGGAGAAAAGGUAUUUGAUUGUUCUUGAUGAUGUUUGGGGUAUGGAAGUUUGGGAUGGUCUUAGAUAUGCUUUUCCGAAAAGGAAACUAGGGAGUAAGAUAUUGUUGACAACUAGGAACUGGGAGGUUGCUUUACAUGCUGAUGCACACGGUCAUCCGCAUCAGUUAAGGCCGUUGAAUCAAGAAGAGAGUUUCGCGUUGCUUCGUAGUAAAGCUUUUCCUGGAGCGAGUGCGAUACCGUCUGAGUUUGAGAAUCUUGCUAAGGAAAUUGUGGUGAAGUGUGAAGGUUUGCCGCUUGCUGUUGUUGUGGUUGGUGGUUUGUUGUCUAGGAAGUUGAAGUCCAGUGGGGAGUGGGCUAGAGAGUUGCGGAAUAUUAGAGGGGGUUUGCUUGAAGAUCAAGAGACGAUAACAAGAAUUUUGGCUUUGAGCUACAAUGAUUUGCCUUCGCCCUUGAAAUCUUGUUUUCUCUAUUUGGGUCUUUUCCCAAAGGGUGUGAAAAUUCAGAUGAAAAAAUUGAUCAGAUUAUGGAUUGCUGAAGGUUUUUUACCACAAGAACGUGGAGAAACUGCAGAAUAUGUUGCUCAAACAUACUUGAAUGAGUUGAUUGGCAGGUGUAUGAUCCAAGUGGGAACGGUGAGUUCGUUGGGAAGAGUUAAAACGAUUCGCAUCCAUGAUCUUCUUAGGGAUCUUUCGGUCACCAAAGGAAAAGAGGAAUAUUUCGGUGAUACGGCAGGCUCAUCAUCAUCAUCAUCAUCUCAGCUAACUAAAUCCCGGCGGCAUUCUAUACAUUCAUGCCAUGAGCAGUAUGAUUUCUUAAAAAACAUUGCAGAUUAUUCGCGUUCUCUGUUGUUUUUCAAUAGAGAAUAUAAUGCAGAUGUAGACAAGAAAGUAUGGAUUCAUUUGAGUUUUAUGCAAGAAAAGAAAUUGAAUGUCAUCUACACCGAAUUUAAGCUCCUCAGGGUGUUAGAAUUAGACGGUGUUCGGUUAGUUAGCUUGCCAAGUACCAUAGGGGACCUGAUUCAGUUAAGGUAUCUGGGAUUGAGGAAGACUAAUCUUGAAGGAAAACUUCCACUUUCCAUUGGAAACUUGCUAAACCUACAAACACUUGAUUUAAGGUAUUGUUGUUUUCUUAAGAAAAUACCAAAUGUAAUUUGGAAGUUGGUGAACUUGAGACAUUUGCUGUUGGAUACACCGUUUGAUUCUCCAGAUAGCGGGCAUCUACGGCUGGAUACAUUAAUCAAUCUACAAAGCCUACCAUACAUUGAAGCUGGAAACUGGAUAGCAGACGGUGGUUUAGCAAAUAUGACCAAUCUUAGGCAGCUCGGGAUAAAUGGAUUAUCAGGACCAAUGGUGAAUUCUGUUCUUUCUUCCAUACAAGGAUUACACAAUCUUCAUUCGCUGUCACUAUCACUUCAAUCUGAGGAAGAUGAAUUUCCAAUCUUUAUGCAGCUGUCUCAGUGCACACAACUUCAAAAGCUGUCUUUGAAUGGAAAGAUCAAGAAGCUACCCGAUCCACACGAGUUCCCGCCAAAUAUGUUGAAACUGACUUUACACAAUUCCCACCUACAGAAGGAGUCCAUUGCCAAACUUGAGAGAUUGCCGAAACUUAAAAUGCUUGUUUUGGGUAAAGGAGCAUACAAUUGGGCCGAAUUGAGCUUUGGUGCCGAAGGGUUUUCGCAAUUACAUGUUUUGCGGCUCAUUCUUUUGAAAGAAUUGGAAGAAUGGAAAGUUGAGGAAAAAGCAAUGCCAAUGCUUGAGUACAUGGUUAUUGAUCGGUGUGAGAAGUUGAGAAAGAUUCCAGAAGGACUGAAGGAUAUCACUUCUUUGAAGAAACUGAAGAUUACAGGCAUGCCGGUAGAUUUUGAAUAUAGGCUUCGAACUAUAGAUUUGCUUGAGUUAAAAAAUACUCCAGUAAUCGAAUCGACAACGGACAUUUUAGCAAUUGAUUGA